CUCAAAAUGUUAACCGUGUGUCGCUCACACUCCCUGCCGGGUUUGCAGCAUGUGCCCGUCUGUUUGCUAUGAGGUAAAAAUAGAGUUCUAUCUGCUUUCAGGAGGUAACCUUGUUUUCUGCUCAUCUGAAUAGCUUCAAGAAAUUCAAAUGUGAAAUUGCCGACCUCCUUGCUAACGUAUAUAACUUAUUCCUGCAAUCAGGUGCUGUACUGGAGGACUGGAAAGUUGCAGAUGUAACACCGAUUUUCAAAAGGGGAUCCAGGGGUGAGCCGGGAAAUUACAGGCCAGUUAGCUUAACAUCCAUUCCAGGCAAAUUGAUGGAAAGCAUCCUCAAGGAUAAAAUUGUAAAGCACAUAGAACAACAGGCCCUGCUGGCAGUGAACCAGCAUGGGUUCUGCAAAUGUAAAUAUUGCCUCACAAACCUUUGGGUGUUCUUUGAGAGUGUCAACAAGUGUGUGGAUCAAGGUGAUCCUGCUGACAUAGUAUACCUGGACUUCCAAAAUGCUUUUGACAAAGUUCCUCAUCAAAGACUCCUGAGAAAACGUAGCAGUCAUGGGAUAAGCGGACAAGUACAUGUGUGGAUUGCUAACUGGUCCAAGGACAGGAAACAGAGGAUAGGUAUGAAUGGAGAGUUUUCACAAUGGAGGGAAGUAAAAGGUGAGGUCCCCCAGGGAUCUGUACUGGAACCGGUGCUUUUUAAUUUAUUCAUAAAUAAUCUAGAAGUUGGGGUAAGCAGCAAGGUGGCCAAAUUUGCAGAUGAUACCAAACUCUUCCAGGUAGUGAAAUCCAAAACACAUUGUGAGGAGCUCCAAAAGGAUCUUUCUAAACUGGGUGAGUGGGCAACAAAAUGGCAAAUGUGGUUCAGUGUUGGCAAGUGUAAAGUGAUGCACAUUGGGAUGAAAAUCAGCCCCCCCCCAACUUCAAGUAUACGUUGAUGGGGUCUGGGCUGUCAGUGACUGACCAGGAGAGAGAUCUUGGGGUCGUGGUGGACAGCUCAUUGAAAGUGUCGACCCAAUGUGCAGCAGCUGUGAAAAAGGCCAAUUCCAUGCUAGGGAUCAUUAGGAACGGGUUUGAAAAUAAAACUGCUAACAUUAUAAUGCCUUUAUACAAAGUGAUGUUGUGGCCACACCUGGAGUACUGCAUACAAUUCUGGUCACCAUAUCUAAAAAAGGACAUUGUAGAACUGGAAAAGGUGCAGAAGAGGGCAACCAAGAUGAUCAGGGGCCUAGAGUUGGGGUACCGUGUGAAUGAGGCAAGACUACAACACCGAGGGCUAUUUAGUUUAGGGGGAAAAGACUGGGGGGAGACAUGAUAGAGGUCUGUAAAAUCAUGCAUCAUGUGGAGAAAGUGGAUAGAGAGAAAUUCUUCUCUCACACACAGAACACUAGAACCAGGGGUCAUCCCAUGAAACUGAUUGCCAGGAAAUUUAGGACCAACAAACGGAGGUACUUUUUCACACAAUGCAUAAUCAACUUGUGGAAUUCUCUGCCACAAGAUGUGGUGACAGCCAACAAUCUGGAUGGCUUUAAGAAGGGUUUGGAUAACUUCUUGGAGGAGAGGUCUAUCAACGGCUACUAGUCAGAGGGCUAUAGGCCACCACCAGCCUCAAAGGCAGGAUGCCUCUGGGUACCAGUUGCAGGGAAGUAACAGCAGGAGAGAGGGCAUGCCCUCAACUCAUGCCUGUAGGCUUCCAGUGGCAUCUGGUUGGCCACUGUGUGAAACAGGAUGCUGAACUAGAUGGGCCUUGGGCCUAAUCCAGCAGGGCUAUUCUUAUGUUCUUACAGACCCAGCCUUUCUAACUCUCAACUCUUCUUUCUCUUUUCACUCUCCAUGCUGACCACAACUGAGGCACUGCCUAAUUGCAGAAACUGUACAGUUACCUGCCAAGCUCCCCUAAAAUAGCAAGGGGAACAGUUGUUAUUUCCCACCCAUUAACUAGAUUUGGAAAUGGAACAGCAUUCUUCAAGAUUGUCCUUCAAGGGGAAGAAUGGCAGUUCAGUCCCCAAAUAGCAAAGAAAAACCAGUUUGGUGAGAAAGCAGCAAAGCAAGAAAGAGAGAGACCAAAACAAACAGUCAUCUCUGGAGAGACAAAAUGGAGACUAGCACUGGAAGAACCCAGAGGGGAGGAGUCCAGCACUUCUAUCCAUGACCCUAACCACCACCACCCCAGUGGUCACUAUGAGACAUUGCAGCUGAGAGCUGAUGCUGCCAGGGUCCUAGCUCCAACAAUUUUUUCAUCAUAUUCCAUUAUAUGUCAUUAAUUGAGAGAGCCAGCAUGGUGUAGUGGACUAGGACUGAGGAGACUAGGACUGGACUAGGACUGGACUAGGACUGAGGAGACCCAAGUUCAGAUCUCCAUUCAGCCAUGAUACUUGCUGGGUGACUCUGGGCCAGUCACUUCUCUCUCAGCCUACCCUACUUCACAGGGUUGUUGUGAAGAGAAACCUAAGUAUGUAGUACACCACUCUGGGCUCCUUGGAAGAAGAGCAGGAUAUAAAAUGUAAUAAUAAUGAUAAUAAUAAUAAUAAUAAUAAUUAUUAUUAUUAUUAUCCCCCAGUGAGGCACUACCUUGGCGUUGUUGUGGGGCUUGUGUGCUCUGAUGAAGGUGAGAGCUAUGCCAGAGGUCCAACCAUACUGGACAGGUCUCACCAGAGGAGCCAGACAAAGAGUGCCUCUCCCAUCAACAAUAUGGUGAGACGUAACUUUAAUAAAUCUAUACCGGAUCGGUCGUCGCCUGGGUCAACAAGGACCGCGCCAGGUGCUAUAGUCACUGGACAUCUGGUGGCAAGUGGGCAACAGGACUCAGGAUCUUCAGUUGAGCAACCAGGGCUGGAGACAGCAAAGUUACUGGAAGAAACGUCGCUUAACCGAAAAAAAUAUACAGAAUAUGCCAACAAGGAAAUAAUGAUCUGCUAUUACAAGUCUAGUCCAACUAGAAGAGGUUAUUUAAAAAGAAUGUACCAAAUUUGGAAAGAGAAGCAUCCAGACACAGAAAUAACAGAACAAAGGCUAGCAGACCAGAGAAGAUAUAUAAUAAGAAAUAAAGUAUUCACAGGAGUUGAGCUGGAAGAACUGCAAGGAGCAAUAGAGGAUCAAGAUAUGGAAGAAGAAUUACCACCAACUGAAGAAGUUGCUCAGGCGCAGGUGGAGGAGGUGUUGGAAAUCGAGGAUGCCACUGUUGCUGAACUGUUUCACAAUCAAAACCAGGCAACCUCCCCUUUGCCUUCAUCUCAAAAACCGAAAUGCCAUCUAACAGAAAAGCAACAAGAACUAAAGCAAAAAAUAACUGAGCACAUGAACCAAACAACCACCAGGGUUCGAUUUCCAGCUCUAAAAACAGUUGCCAAAAGACAACUUGCUCAGGCAUUAAAAGAUGUCAAUGCUGCACUUGCAGAAAUAACAACCAAUAAUUUGCAAGAAACAAACCAACUAAUGUACAGUGCAGCAACAAUAACAACACAAGAGCUCGGAUAUAAGAUCAGUGGACCUGUCAAAAAAGAAAGCAGUACAUCACCUAAAUGGAAGAUUAGAUUAGAAAAUAAAAUCUCCAGGCUUAGAUCAGAUGCUAGUAAAUUGAAAGAUAUGAAAGACAAAAAGCUGAAGAAUGAAAACACCAAACAGUAUCUGAUCCAAAAAUACCACCUCGAUUCAAGGAAAAUUAGAGAAGUCCUGGAAAUAAUCAAGCAGCAAAUAACAGCAGUGUCAAAGAAGAUUAGCAGAUAUGAAGCCAGAAUUACACAACACAGGCAGAAUCUCCAAUUCCAGUUGAAUCAGAGACGUUUCUACCAAAGCAUAGAAGGAGAAACUGAAAGAAACCUAGAAACACCAAAUAAAGAAGAAACAGUGCAAUUCUGGGGGAAAUUAUGGGACAAUCCAAUAGAUUAUAAUAAAAAAGCAGGCUGGAUGAAAGAGGUCAAAAAAUGUAACCAACAAAUGCAAGAUCUAAUAAGAACACCAGAAUUAAUAUGUGAAAGAGCAAAGAAAAUUAAAAAUUGGACUGCGCCAGGCGACGAUGAACUGCAUGGCUUUUGGCUUAAAUACCUAACAAGCCUUCAUAAACAACUAUCAAAACAGUUCAAUCACAUUAUGAAAGGCGGUGAUAUUGAACAAUGGCUAACAACUAGGAAAACUCAUCUCAUCAUGAAAGACCUAGCAAAAGGUGCAGUUCCAAGUAAUUAUAGACCGAUAACCUGCCUGCCAACCAUGUUCAAAUUAUUAACUGGAAUAAUAGCAGAUGAAGUCAUGCAACACUUAUUAACUAACAAACAGCUUCCAGUUGAACAGAAAGGAAAUUGCCCGAACACCAGAGGCACAAAAGACCAGCUGCUGAUUGACAAAAUGAUUUUAGAAAACUGCAAGAGAAGAAAAACCAAUAUAAGUGUUGCAUGGGUUGACUACAAGAAAGCCUUCGACUCAUUGCCUCACACAUGGAUACUAAAAUGUUUAGAAACAACUGGUGUCAGCAAAAACAUUGAGAUAUUUAUUAAAAAAGCAAUGAGCAUGUGGAGUACACAGUUAACAAUCAAUGGCGAGGCACUUGGACAGGUUAGCAUUAGAAGAGGCAUUUUCCAAGGGGUCUCACUAUCCCCUCUACUGUUUGUAAUCGCCAUGACCCCACUUUCACAAAUACUAAACAAAACAGGCCUCAGAUACCAAACAUCUAAAACAUCAAGUCAAAUCAACCAUCUGCUGUACAUGGACGAUCUGAAAUUGUAUGGAAAAUCCCAGUCAGAAAUCGAAUCACUGCUAAACACUGUCCGUAUAUUCAGUAGCGAUAUAGCAAUGGAGUUUGGACUAGACAAGUGUGCUGCAUUAAUAAGGAACAGAGGAAAAAUAACAAAAACAGAAGGAAUAGAACUGCCCAGUGGAAGUAAGAUCAAGAACCUGGAAGAGAAAGAACAUUACAAAUACUUGGGCAUUCUCCAGGCUGAUAACAUCGCACACACUGAAGUUAAAAGAAAAAUUGGAAGUGAAUACAUCAGGAGAGUUAGAAAAAUCCUCAAGUCCAAACUCAAUGGCGGGAACACCAUACAAGCCAUAAACACCUGGGCUAUACCUGUUAUCAGAUACACUGCAGGAAUAAUAGACUGGACCCAGGCAGAGCUAGAGACGCUAGAUCGUAAGACCAGGAAAAUCAUGACCAUCAAUCAUGCUCUGGACCCCCGCAGUGAUGUAAAUAGGCUAUACCUCCCUCGCAGCUCAGGUGGAAGAGGAAUGCUGCAAGUCCAUCAAAUAGUAGAGGAGGAGAAAAGAGGCCUUGAAGAAUAUAUCAAGGACAGUGAAGAAGAUGCACUUCAAAUGGUCAAGAACGAGAAACUAUUCAACACCAAUGAAACAAAGCAGGCCUAUAAGAAAGAACAAGUCAAGAACCGAGCAGACAAAUGGAAAAAGAAGCCCCUGCAUGGUCAAUAUUUGCACAAUAUAAGUGGAAAAUCAGACAUCACCAAGACCUGGCAAUGGCUUAAGAAUGGCAACUUGAAGAAAGAAACAGAGGGUUUAAUACUGGCUGCACAAGAACAGGCACUAAGAACAAAUGCAAUAAGAGCAAAAGUAGAAAAAUCCACAACAAACAGCAAGUGUCGCCUUUGUAAAGAAGCAGAUGAAACAGUGGACCACCUAAUCAGCUGUUGUAAGAAGAUCGUACAGACUGACUACAAACAAAGGCAUGACAAGGUAGCAGGGAUGAUCCACUGGAACAUCUGCAAAAAAUACAAGCUACCUGUAGCCAAAAAUUGGUGGGACCAUAAAAUUGAAAAAGUUAAAGAAAAUGAAGAUGUAAAAAUAUUAUGGGACUUCCGACUACAAACAGACAAACAUCUGUCACACAAUACACCAGAUAUAACUGUAGUCGAGAAGAAAGAAAAACAAGUCAAAAUAAUCGACAUAGCAAUACCAGGGGAUAGUAGAAUAGAAGAAAAAGAAAUAGAAAAAAUCACCAAAUACAAAGAUCUACAAAUUGAAAUUGAAAGGCUGUGGCAGAAAAAGACCCAAAUAAUCCCAGUUGUAAUUGGCGCCCUGGGUGCAGUCCCAAAAGACCUUGAAGAGUACCUCAACACCAUAGGGGUCACAGAAAUCACCAUCAGCCAAUUACAAAAAGCAGCUUUACUGGGAACAGCCUAUAUUUUGCGACGAUAUCUAUAAAUAACCAACAGUAUUGAUGAUAAAAUUCAGCCAUCCCAGGUCCUUGGGAAGGACCCGAUUUCUGGAUAAAACAAACCAGUCAAUAACACCUGUCUGACUGUGUAAACAAGAAAUAAUAAUAAUUAUUAUUAUUAUUAUAAUUAUUGUUGUUAUUUACACCAUUAUUUACAUAACACCCAUGGCAUUAUUUACAUCAGCAGCUGUGAAACAAGAAAUUACACCAAGGAUACUGAGCACUAAGCUUAUUGAACGAUUCAUGAUUGGCCUUCCUGAUUGUGGCCACAGCUUUGAAAAUUAGAUUAAGCCAGAUUCAGAAUCCCAUGUUAGCUACAUUUAUGUACUAGAACCAUAGCUUAGAAAGGAAUUCAGUUAUCAUUUUAUGUGUGCCACUAUUAUUUUCUUAUGAAACCUGGCAGUCUCAUUUUGUAUAAGAAAACAAUCCCAUUGUAACCCUACCUCCUCUUUCCCUCUUCCUCCCAAGCCCACCUGCCCACCUCCUUUUAAUGUGUUAAGAAAGGACAAUGACAAGGGACCAGGAAGAAAGGCAAUAAUUGUUUGACAACUGGUGCCUAUCAAUCAAGACCAGAGUUGGAGGAGGAAUGACAAAAACAUAUUGGGAGCUUCCUGUGCCAAGCUUUGGGGUGCAGAAUAUAAUAUAGAGAGAUAAUAUGGAGCUAUAAUAGAGAUAAUAUGGAGCCAGUGAUGAUAACAAGAAUGGAGGAAGGAAAAGGAUGAUAUAUUCUGAAACCAGAGCCCUGAGGGUGGGCAUUUGAGAGGGCAUCAACACAUCUCAACGAAUGUGAGGUCUGACCACUCCUCAGGAUCCACAGAGGACACAAGGGAUAUAAGACCCUGGGAUCUGGCCCAGAUCACCAAAGGAUAGUGGUCCAGGAGAUGUGUCUUCACCCUCUUCAAUGCUGCAGCAUUUCUCGCACCCCAGCUCCAUGCACCCCAUCUUCUCUUCAAACCCCAGCAUCUUUAAUCCCAGGAGAAACUGCAAACUUGUCAUUCAUUGGUUUCCUUGCAUCUUCCAGUAACAAAUUCUUCCCCUUAUCCCUUUCCCCUUUUGUCCCCCUCUCCCCUUCCCUUGCUAGAUAGAAUUGCUUAUAUUUAGAAUAGGAUGUAUGUAUGUAUGUAUGUAUGUAUGUAUGUAUGUAUGUAUGUAUUUAAUUUAUAUACCGCUUGAUUCCAAAGGUCUUUGCUUGCCAUGACCUCACCUAUUGUAGUUCUUUUAA